AAGUCAGGAGGGGAGAGGGGGCUGUGGAGGCUGGGGGGAGCAGUGGUCACACCAACACCUUGGAAUUGGGCUGGGUCUGCGUGGAGCCCCAGAGAUGUUCCCCAGCCCAUUCUUUGCAAGAACCAAUGAGUAAAAUUAGCGGCCUCCCACCUGAGGUCAGGGAACCAGGCCCUGGAGUGGAACUGGGGGUGGAAAAUGGCCUUCUUUGUCAACUGAUUCAUUCUCCAGAAUUCAACUUGUUCUCUGACUCGGUGGUGUUUGAAAGCAACUUUAUCCAGGUCACUAAGCCCGGGAGCUGGAUAGAUGUCUAUGAAGGUUCUACCACUGUGAUUCUUGGGGUGACCUCCUCAGUGCCCUCCUUGCCACUCCCCAACGUCCUCCUGAUGGCCACCAUCACCUGGCCCCAGGGUCAGUUUUCCACCCAGAGCUCACCUGAUUGUGCUCCAGUAGUCACCCUCAACAGGAUUCUCCCCCUGAAGUUUGUGGAGCUACGAAUCUGUGACCGGCUACAACGCAUCCUGAGAAUUAGAACAGUGACUGGAAAGAUCUACUACCUGAAGCUCCACGAAAAACACCCAGAGGCCGUGUUUCAAUUCUGGAUCCGCUUGGUGAAAAUUCUGCAGAAAGGUCUGUCCAUCACUACCAAAGACCCGAGAAUCCAAUUCACUCACUGCCUGGUGCCCAAAAUGUCCAACAGCUCCACCGAUAUAACACCUGAGAGCAGUCUCCCAUCAUCCUCCCAGCCCAGCGAAACCUUCAUGCUGUUGGCAGCCGAGCAGACCAGUGACAGUUUCUCGAAUAUCUCAGGAAGGCCCCUGCUCACAGCAGACAGUAACACCAAUGUUGCCAUCAAAAUAAACAAUUUGGACAGCUGUAAGACCCCAUCGCGAGUGCCAUCUCCAGUCAAUUUGAAUCAAAUACCCAUGAGAGCCGCCUUGAGCCACAGCCUCUGGGAACAAGAAAAUCCAGAUGAGCACUUCCUGCACGUUCCCGUUGCCAGCUCCCUAGGAGAGAACUUUUUUGGACCCUGACACCUACCCAGAAUGGGGUGAUUUUCCCAAGCUUCAUUCAAUGCACUUGCUACAGCCUCCUAUCAAUGCUGUGGGCCAAAAGACCAUGGGAGAGGUAUGAUGGUGUUUAUAACCAAGUGCUUCUAUACUUCCACCAAUAAACCUCCAAGUGAGUUCCUAAUU